AUGUUGCUUGCUAAGUCUUAUAAGAUUGCAGAUGGACCUUCAUUGUUUGCCUCUCAUAAGGACCUUGCUCAGUUAACUGGCCGACCUCCUCGAAAAAAUUCCACCACAGGAGGAACACCAAAUGAUAAUGGGAAUGAGAUACCUCAAUCAUUUGAUGAUAAAUUAUCCAGCUCAUCAAGUCAGGAAGAGAUCAUUGCUCUCUUUAGACGAAUAAAGUCUUCAAUCUCGAAAGGAGAUUCUAGAAGUUCCAAGAAAAGAAGUUCCAAGUCAUCGGAGGAUAAGCACUCGGCUGAAUCUGUUUUGGAUGUUCUUCGUCAAUCAAGGGAGCAAGUAAAAGAAAGAGCUUCAACUAAGGGAAGGGUCAUGGCGUCGCCUCGGAGAAAAGGUCCAUCAGAGAGCCAGGAGAAAUUGGAUCAUCCAUCAGUACCAGACCAUAAGCUAACUCGGCCACCAUCUAAUUUUGUGAAGAGGUCUCCAAUUCCAUCUCCAUCAAGUCUGAGAGGAAAAGAAGAGCUGAAGAGUACAGCAUCGCUUAGCCCAGCAGGUGACAAGGAGCCAGGUUUGCAGAAAGUUGAGGAAAUGAAACUGCCUGCUCUGAAAGAACUAGCAAAAUCUAGGGGAAUCAAAGGUUACUCGAAACUGAAGAAGAGUGAGCUAGUGGAGUUGCUGAGGACUUGA